ACGUUCAUUAGUGUUGACGUCGUGUUGGUGUUGGAGAGUGUUGGUGCGAAUUGUUUCAUCAGGUGAAGUAGGUGAGAAAUUGAGAAAUUGGAGUAGGGUUGAAGGUGAGGGAGAGCUGUGUGUGAGCCGAACCCUAAAUUCGAUAGCGGAGAUGGCAGGUGCAGCAGCAGGGCUGCCGAGUAAAGAGGCAGCCAUUCUGAAGGGUCAUGAAGGGGCUGUACUAGCAGUGCGCUUUAACAAAGACGGCAAGUAUUGCCUGAGCUGCGGGAAGGACCGCAGUCUGCGCCUCUGGAAUCCGCACAAAGGAAUACACAUAAAGACAUACAACGGCCAUGCCCGCGAUGUUCGUGACGUGGCCGUCUCAAGUGACAACUCGAAGCUCAGUUCAUGUGGUGGAGAUCGUCAGCUUCUGUACUGGGAUGUUUCAUCUGGCCGUAUCAUUCGCAAGUUUCAAGGCCAUGAUGCCGAGAUCAAUUCUGUCAAGUUCAAUGAAUAUGCAGCGGCACUUAUUUCGGGUGGCGGUGAUCGCAGCGUUCGUGCGUGGGAUUGCCGCUCUAACAGAUUCGAUCCUAUUCAGGUUAUUGACACAUUCAAGGACAGCGUGACAUCUGUUCAGUUGACGAAGACAGAGAUCAUUGCUGGCUCUGUGGAUGGAACUGUUCGAACUUUUGAUAUCCGUAAUGGCAGAGAGAUAGUUGAUGACCUGGGGCAAUCCGUCAACAGUGUGGCCUUGUCUUAUGAUGAAGGUUGCAUUCUUGCAAGUUGCCUUGAUUCAACCAUACGGCUUCUUGACAGGGCAUCUGGAGAGCAAUUGCAGGAAUACAAAGGACAUGAAAAUAAAGCAUUCAAGAUGGAUAGCUGCUUAACUAAUACAGACGCCCAUGUAGUGAGCGGAUCUGAAGAUGGUCGAGUGUUUUAUUGGGAUCUUGUGGAUGGUGUACUUGUCAAAUCUUUCAAGGCCCAUGCUGCUGUGGUGACAAGCGUGUCAUAUCAUCCCACGGAGAGUUGUAUGCUCACUUCCUCUGUCGAUGGUACCAUUCGCAUGUGGAAAACUUGAUAUUGCACUGCCAUCUAUCUGAACACUAUUUUGAGAAUUCAAACCAAAGUUAAUAGGGGUUCAUUCUUUUCUGCUAUUAUAAUCGCAUUUAGAACACCUGGAUGUGCUGAGCGGAUAUUUGCAUAUUAACCCUGCGCAAGCCAUUGUUAGUGAGCAUAAAUGCUGGAUCCAAUCAAACUGCAGAAAUAAUGGUGUUCCAAGCGGCAAGCAUUAAGUGUACAGUGGGAUUUCUCUUGAGGGGGAUUUCUUUUUUUAAAAAAUAGCUGCUCUUUGAAUAGAAUAUGGUGAUUUCCAGAUGUGGAAUUUCGCACUGAUGUGUUUGAGAGGAGCUCAUAAGUCGUGAGCUAAGAGAGAAAUCAACCAGCCUGCCAAAUUGUUGAAGACUGCUUGAGUAACCUUCGACAACGGAGAGACUCCAAAGUCCAAGUCAAAUAUUGUAAUACACAACAAUUAUUCUCCA